AUGGCUUUUCUUGGGCUCGAAAGGGAUCAGCGCUCGGAUCGAUCCUCCUUGGAUCCAGGUGUGACGGCUGAGCAGAUGCACAGCUUGAUGGAUCUUCUGGGCGUGGCCAAGGAGGAGGAGCAGGAUGAAAACAGCAAACCACCCUCCGUGAAUCCAGCUGCCCGGACAGGCGGCAAGCCCAGCCAGGCUCCUCCGAACAUGAAGGUCGCUGUCAGGGAGCCCAAGAAGAAGGACAAGCAGGCCAUUUGGCUGCCAGAGGAGUUCAAGGCAGCAUCCGGCGUCGUCGUCAAAAAUGAUGGAGACGACCGUGCCAUUCCAAGAUACGAG